UGAGCGGAGAAGAAGAGCGCGUGCGCACUUCGCAGUUGUAGUUGAAAGGGCCAAUAUGGAGGUGUUCGUGAACGCUCCGUGUUUCGGACUCUCUAACUUGGUGUUUCCUGAUGGAUCUGUGGUCGGAGACGUUCUGAACCGGUUCACCCAGCAGCAGGGACUUUCUUCUUCAGAGGAUUUCUACGUCACCAGAAAUGGCCGACUGUCAGAUCUGGACGAUCCUCUGCAGCAUGGAGCCGUCUAUCACCUGGAGCCUCGUCUCUGUGGGGGGAAAGGAGGGUUCGGCUCCAUGCUGCGAGCUCUGGGCGCUCAGAUCGAGAAGACGACAAAUCGCGAGGCCUGCAGAGAUCUGAGUGGCCGUCGCCUCCGUGACGUCAACCACGAGAAAGAGAUGGCAGAGUGGCUGAAGAAGCAGGCGGAGCGCGAGGCAGAGAAGGAGCAGCGUCGUCUGGAGCGUCUGCAGAGGAAACUGCAUGAACCCAAACACCAGUUCACUGACCCGGAGUACCAGCAGCAGUGUCACGACCUGUCAGAGAGACUCGAGGACUCGGUGAUCAAAGGUCUGCAGGCGUCGUCCAGCGGUCUGGUGAAGGCAGCCGAAGCGUCAGCAACAAAGAGGCCAAACUCGGCUGAAAGCGAGCAGCCGCACAAGAAGAAGAAGAAAGCGGCGGCAUGUUUCUGGACUGGGGCAGAUGAACUGCUGAGCUCUGAGGACGAAGACGAUGAAGAGACUCCAUCCACGUCGUCCUCCAGUGGUGGAGCUGCUGCUGUUACUGUGACGAGGCGGAGUGGAGUGGAGGCGGAGCCUGAGCAGAGCAGCAGCUCGUCUCCUGCGUCUGACUGCAGCUCCAUAUUGGCUGGUCAAACAGUCAGAACUCUGGAGGAUCAGAGACCUCCACGGAUGUCCGUGGACCAGACUGUCAAACCUGCAGAGGAUCAGAGCCCUCCAGAGGCGUCCAGAGACCAAACUGUCAGACCUGCAGAGGAUCAGAGACCUCCAGAGGCAUCCGGAGACCAGACUGUCAAACCUGCAGAGGAUCAGAGCCCUCCAGAGGCGUCCAGAGACCAGACUGUCAGACCUGCAGAGGAUCAGAGACCUCCAGAGGCAUCCGGAGACCAGACUGUCAGACCUGCAGAGGAUCAGAGACCUCCAGACUCUAAACCAUCAGAGGAGUCUGGCUGUUCUUCUCAGCAGCAGGUUCGGCAUCAGCUCUGUCUGUCCUCGGUGUCCUCUGUGGAUCAGCUGGAGGCUCUGGGUUUGGACGUCCUGAAGGAGGAACUGAUGUCUAGAGGUUUGAAGUGUGGGGGGGCGCUGGCAGAGCACGCCGCCCGACUCUUCGCCGUCAGAGGACUGACACCAGACCAGAUCGACCCCGCCCUGCUCGCCAAACCGGGAAAGACUAAGAGGAAGUGAAGACGAGCCAGCAGCCGACUUUGGACACUCGUGUCUGAUGUGUUUGCAGACGGGAGCUUAACACAUCAGGACAGACUUCUCACUGCUGGUUUGUCCAAUCAGACAGCAGGACCUUCACACACUUUCAAACCAUUAAAAUGACUUGUGACUUAUUUUGUUUAAACUUUAUUAACAUUACUUGAUUUAUUCCCUGCGGUGCUGUCGAUCCAUCUGAUCAAUAGUUUGACGUCGGCCUACUCUGAAGUGCAAACGAACGAGGUGGACCCUCACGUGCGGUGAUUAGAGUUUCUAUAUGAACCUGCUCACCGCAGACGGACACUCGUUCCAUUAAACUGAACAGAACGCAGACGGUCACGCUGCCAUCUGGAUCGAUCCGCAGCACUGCAGGUGACAGCAGAAACGUGUUUGAGUUGGUGAACUGUCCCUUUAAGGGUCAACAGUGUGAGCUCACUGAUUCGUUUCUGAUUAGACUGUCCAGGUGUACCCAAUAAAGUCCAGAACCAAGUGA